AUGCCAAAUGAUGCCGUUCAUAACAAGGAUGCUGUUGUCUAUGAAAAGUAUACAUGCUCUGUGUGUAAAUUAAUAUUGGAAAAUGUAUAUCAAUUACCGUGUGGUGAUCGAUUAUGCCAAGAAUGUAUAUUAACGAUAGCAAGAUUCAGACAAUCGAUAUCAGCAGUCAUUGUUUCAUCAGCUACUAUUAAAAGUUCAACUGAUAUUAAUAAUGAAAUGGGUGUUGAUACUCAUGAGUCAUCAUCACCGACACACGAAUUGUAUCGUGAAUUUCGAAAAUGUUUUGACUUUUUAACCAUUCUAGCUCAAGGCAUAAAUACGCAGAACCGAGAUUUAAUUAGGUUAAGUGAGGAAUCGUUGAGAAAUGAUCACCUUUCACAGAUCCUUUCGCAGCAAUUGAAUAAGGAGAAAUUGUCUAUAGCGGAAAACGACACAUUUUUAGCCGGUAUAGCUGCCAAUCAGAAGAUUCUUCAGCAAGAGUUGUCGAGUGUAAAACAAAAAGUAGAAGAUCUUCGAUGUGUGUCGUCAGAUGGAACCCUGAUUUGGAAAGUAACAAAUAUUGCGGAAAAAAUGUCCGCUACUCGAAGUGAACAACAAACAUCAUUCUAUUCACCUUCGUUUUACUCAUCGCCGUCCGGGUACAAAAUGCGCGUACGUCUCUAUCCGAACGGUGAUGAUUCCGAUUUAAAAAUGACUGAUAUUGAUAGUCAUCUACAAAAAAUUGUUGAUUUACUCGAACCUAUCAUUUCUGAUCGUCUAACUGAACGUCUUAAUCAAUUACAAUAUCAAAUUUUUGAUAAUGAAAAUCGUUUAGAUGAAUCAGAACGUUAUAAUCGCUCAUUCAAUAUUAGAUUAUCAAAUGUACCUUAUCACAAAGAUGAAGAUGCAAUUCAAGUUACCGUGGACAUUGCAAAUGAAAUCGGAUGCUAUCUCGAUUAUACAAAAAUUGAAACAGCCCAUCGUACUUUUCAAAAACCGGAAAUUUCAACAUCAACUAAACCACCUCUUCCACCGGUUUUGAUUGCACGUUUCUACUCUAGACCACGUUGUUUUAGACAAUGA